AUGUACGACCACAUUUCCUCCCCAUUCGUAGUCGGUGGCGUCUUCAUCACCAUUCUAUUAUCCAUUCCCUUGAUAGCUUCCGCCUUCUUCUGCAAUCUCUUCUACCUCCUUGUCCUUAUUUGCAUGAACUCACGUAGCUGCUUUCAUCGCGAUUUUGGCAUCGCGUAUCUAACCUUUGUUCUCAUCUCUCUCGUAACUGACAACAUGCUCGGUGCCAUGCUUGUUCGUGGACUGCCCUGGCUAGAUGAUGGGGCAAUUGAAGUGGCUGUGACUAGCCACAAGGCCUGCAAGUACUUCUCCUUCCUUAACACAUUUCUGUCGGCCUCACGAGCUAACUUACUACUGGCUCACUGCCUCCUCCACAUCUUCUCCAUUGAACUGCACACCGAACGCAGGAGCGUGACUUUGAGUUUCGCCACGCUCAACGCGCUGUGUGUUCUCGCUGGGGCCUUCAUGGCAAUCUCCACAGCGACUGUUUGCGGUGUCUGGGUGAUUGGGAAUCGUCUUGUCUGCCUUCCCGACCCCGAGUGGCCGCAGGCAUUUAUCCUCUUCCACAUGAUUCACAAAGCCCUGUUUUGUGAUGGGAUUGUGCAGUCUCUUGUAAUCCUAAUUGCCUGUUGCCAACUUCGUCGAAUAUAUGUCCGCCUAGGUCUUACGAUCAGUUGCCUACUAUUUACUACCGACUCAAAAUUCCUCCUUUUUGACAGUUUUAAACGCUUACGGGAGAGGACUCUUCGUACCCGAGAGUGCCUGCGUGUUGUCUACGUGCACGCGACCUUCAUGGCAGUGACCAAGAUUACCCGGGGUAUUAUCACAUUUAUCCUGACGGACUUUCUCUAUGGGUCGCGACGUCUCACUAUCUAUGAAUCGGAUGUGCUUGAAAAUUUGCUAUUUUUCUUCACUCUUUUUGAUCUCAUUGGUAAUUGUGAGGUUAUUGGCAACCUAAUGCACUCCUGGACAGCCUUCUUUUGGCAGACAACAAUGCGCAACACCUUCCUCCAAUUCUUCGUGACACUUUUUCGACCCUUCAGACGGUCUCGAGGAUGGAUACUCUCCCUCUUCUACACCGAUACAGUCACCGCUGCAAGGAAGUCUGAAAGGGGUAGGAAAAGUUUGAUUUUUAAAAAGAACUUUAUCAAGUACGCCAGACUCAUAGCCUCUCGACUAAAUGACGAGAAUUUGAAGGAGGCCCUUGCUUGGCUUCGCAGUGUGCCCAACCUACCGAGGGAGUUUGAGGUCUUCAUCGAGGAGUGUGGAGUUUUCAAACACGAGUGA